UGAAAAGCGGCGGCGCGCGGGGCGCCCUCUCACUAGGGAGCGGAGCAGCGGCGAGAGCGGAGUGGAGCUGUACGGGGCUGCGCUAAGACAUGAGGCGGACAGCAGGGCCGCGGACGGCCGCUCGCCACCGCGGUUGACAGCGAUAGCGACAGCCAACGAGCGGACAAAGGAGGAGCAGCGGCGGUGAUAGUAGCAGCAGUAAUAGCAGCAGCAGCAGCAGUGUAGUUAAGGACGAGCGGCCGAGUGAGGGCAGCCCAGCCGCGGGCCUCUAGCAUCGAGCGAGCCGCCCGGCCCCCGCGCCCGGUGCCAUCGCCGGGUGGAGAGCGGGAGGCCGGAGCCAUGAGCCAGGCCGAGGUGUCGCCGGCGGCGGCGGCGCCGCAGCGCAUGUUCCAGGAGGCAGUGCGGCGCGGCAACACGCGGGAGCUGCAGUCGCUGCUGCAGAACAUGACCGACUGCCACUUCAACGUCAACUCGUUCGGGCCCGAGGGCCAGACGGCGCUGCACCAGUCGGUGAUCGCCGGCAACCUGGAGCUCGUCAAGCUGCUCGUCAAGUUCGGCGCCGACAUCCGCCUGGCCAACCGCGACGGCUGGAGUGCGCUGCACAUCGCGGCUUUCGGCGGCCACCAGGACAUCGUGCUCUACCUCAUCACCAAGGCCAAGUACGGGGCGGGCGGCGGCCGCUGAGGCCGGGACUCAGAGCGCGGGGCCCCGACUCACGCACACGGGCCCGGCCGCUGAGACUGCAGGACUGCCCGCUUGCGGGCUGGGCCGGGCCGAGCCGAGCUGGGCCGCCUGUCGGCUCCGGUUAUCUACCUCACUCACCGGGGGGCCGGGCUGGCAGCGGCCGGAGAAGCGCGGCGCCCCGCCUCGCCGCGGAGGGCAACGGGCCGGAGGUCGGGGCCCGCUUCGGCGGCCGCAACAGGGGCGACGAUGUAUCAAUAAACCAUGUAAACCAGG